AUGUGGGUUGUGUUCUGUAUGGAGUUCUUAAGGAAGUAUUUUCUGGAGGAUGUUCGUGGCAAGAAGGAAAUCAAAUUCCUUGAGUUGAGACAAGAGAAUAAGUCGGUUUUCGAGUAUGCUGCUAAGUUUGGGGAGUUGGCUAAGUUCUACCAACACUAUGAUGGACCAACUGGUGAAUUUUCAAAGUGUAUCAAGUUUGAGAAUGGAUUGCGCCCAGAAAUUAAGAAGGCGAUUAGUUACCAGAAGAUUCGUGUCUUUGCUGAUUUGGUUGAUAGUUUUCGAAUUUAUGAGGAAGACAACAAUGCUCAUUAUCGAGUUAUUAGUGAGAAGCGGGGCAAGAGUCAACAAGGCCUUGGCAAGCCUUAUGAUGCUCUAGUUGGCAAGAGGAAGUAG